AUCAACUAAAUCAAAUAGUAUCCGCAAAUGGCCAUUUUGAAAGUUUAGAUGUGAUUCGUGUACGUGGUAAGUUAGAACAUGUACAUCAAGUAGAAAUUAAGGCAAAGACUCAAUAUGGCAUGUUGUCAUUCGAUCCAAGUGGAAGGGGUCGGGGAAAAAACACUUCUGUAAUAAUUCAUAAUCCAACGUUGAUGGAGAUUAAUUCUGUUUUGAGUAAUUUUAUUUAUUAUCCUAAUUAUCAAUCUCAUAACAUAAGUAACCAUGAUGUAGUUAGGUUAGAAAUUUCAUAUGAUGACCAUCACAUGGAUUUAGAAAUUAAAAUUGCACCAACUAAUGCAGGAUACUCUUAUGGAGAUAGUGUAUCUCAUACUGUAGACGCUGUAUCUGAUGUAUUCACAUUUUUGCUGAUCUUUUUCCGAAAUUUCCGUCAAUAUGCUAAAUUAAAAUUCCAUAUUGCUGGUGAAUCCGCAAUGACCAAAAAUUGCGUUACUGUUAUGAAUCUUGAAUCCAUCUUGAUUGGAAAUGGCCUAGUAAACCCUCUAUUACAAUUCAAAUCGGAUUUACCUAAAUGUGCUAAUUCAACACAAACAUGUUACAAUUCAAGUAGUAUUGCACAAGAUUGCGUAAAUGCUUUUAGUCAAUGUUUUAAAACAAUGAUUAAUAUAAGGCCAAAAUGUAAAGGUAGUGCUUGCUAUCCAGAUUUCUUGGAUAUCUUGGCAUAUUCUAAUAGUACAGAUGAUAAAACUGAAUUGGGGUUGAUCCUUCGUUUAACCUUCAACUAUGUAACACAAAUAUUAAUAGCUCCUUUGUUAACUCUGGUGAUUGGCAUAUGGCUUUUUGCUCACAAUAUAAAACCAAUCCAUGAUAAGCGUAUUCAACCUGCAAAUGUGUGCGAAGAUAGUAUGAUUGCUAUUAAGUUUAAUGAUUUUAAGGAGCUUAAACGAAAUGCUGAGUUUAUGUAUUCAAACAUUAUACAAAAUAACAGAAUGUGCCAAGGUUCAGAGCAAAAGUUUUGUGCAUUAUGUUACUCAUGCUUAGGAAAAGAAAGGCAUCAAAGAGAUUGGAAUUUUGAUUGUGACCAUGUGGCAGGUGUUACUUUAUUGCGAUCAAGUGGCCCAAAAGAUUUCAUUGCAGCAUUUGAUGAACCGUCUAAUACUACAAUGGGGAAAAAAAGAUGA